GCUCUAUGCCUCAUUUCGUGCAUUCAGUGUCCGGCUUUCAAUCCACCAUGUUUCGUUCGAGCUCGCUGCUUCUCCUGGCUGCCGUCCUGGUCCUCGGCUCCGUUUCCGGCGACGUGGUCAACUUCGUGCCGUGCGCCGACAGUGUGGACACCUGCACCAUCAGCGAGGUGCGUGUGACUCCUUGCCCGGAGGCCAAAAAGAAUGCUGCCUGCAACAUCCGCCGUCGUCGUCCAUCCCAAAUGAGCUUCGAUUACACUCCCAACUUCGAUGCCGACUCCUUGGACGCCACCCUGGGAUGGGCCAAGUCCGAGACUGAGGAGCUGCCCCUGCUGACCCUGGAUCGCGAUGCUUGCAAGUACAGUUCCUGCCCGGCCAAGAGUGGAGUGAAGCAGACCUACACCAUCGACGUCCCGAUCGAAGCCAAGUUCCCACUGAGUCCUUACACAAUCCGAUGGGCUCUCAAGGAUCCUUCCUCCGGCAAACGUUGUUGCUUCACCAUCGACAUCAAGGUUGUGCGUUAAAAAGAAAAGUUUCACUUUCUUUUAUUCAUAAAAGGUUGGAACACGUUUUCUUCUUCAUAAAAAAACUGAUGGAAAAGUAUUCAAAAAAACUAUUUGGUUUU